UCCGGCAUGACACCAGCCUGGGAUCAGGCAUCACUUCUACCUACAUCCUACACCUCCACGAUUCGAUCCUGUGUGCGACAGCAGCAUCGCCGCAUCCCUCCUCCAGCGACAUCAUGCUCAGAUAGCCCCAACCACCUCGUAUCUUGGAGAGCGAGGCGCAAGCCGAUAGGGUGGACAUGUCCUCCCGGCCCACGAGCAGCCGCAGCUCCCGCGGGAAACUGCAGACGCACGAUAGCGACAACAUCGAAAGGCUCGACUACAAGCCCGGCGGCCGCCUUCUCGUCCCUGAUCCCGCCCACACCGCAAGAGGUCGGAGUGAAGAGCGCAGUAUCGCCGGCAGCUUCUUUUCGGAGGUUGCAGAGGGCAUCGCCCAGCAAGAUCGGGCAAAGAUGAAGAAGCAGACCAUGCGAUACAUCAGCUUCGCAUGGGCUCUGUUCGCCGCCCUUGGCGCCGGCGGCAUCACCGCAUUCUCCCUGUACGGGCCCUUGUUCCAGCAACGCCUACACUAUUCUCAGCUGCAGGUCAACGGCGUCUCCAUUACCGCCGAACUCGCCCUGUACCUGCCCGUUCCGCUGUGGGGUGCUCUAUGUGACCGAGUCGGCCCGGGCAUACCUUCCUUGAUUUCAGGAGUAUUCUUCGCCGUUGGGUAUCUUCUUGCCGCAUUUGCAUACAAGAGCGGGCCGCCGCCUGGGCAGGGAGGCGAUGGCUGGCCAUACUGGGUGAUGGCUUUUGCUUUCAUCCCCAUUGGUACCGGCACCAGCUGCAUGUACUUGUCUGCUGUGACCACGUGCGCCAAGAAUUUUGGUCGUGGGAAAUACAAGGGCAUAGCGCUGGCGAUGCCGAUUGCAUGUUUUGGACUGAGCGGCAUGUGGCAGUCUCAGGUCGGCAGUCACUUCAUCUACGAAACCAACCCGGAUGGAAGCAAGGGUGAGCUUGAUGUCCACCGCUACUUCCUCUUCCUUGGAAUCUUCCUACUCGCCAUCGGUAUUGGCGGCUUCUUCGCCCUACAGAUCGUGGACGAGGCAGAUCUCAUCGACGAAGCAAUGGACGAGCUGGAGAACAGCGGGCUACUCGAAGACAGCGAAGUCUUCCAACGCCUCACCAGCAGUCGCCAUCUUGGCUAUGGAACGGAUAGCAAUGGAGAUCGCCGACUCAGUGUGGAAGAGAUCACCGAGCUCCGGCGCAAGGCGGAAGAAGAGGAGGCGCGGCAACUGGAGCAGAAGCUGAGAAAGACAUGGCUGCUGAAUGAAGAGACGCGACGCUUUCUUGCAGACAGCACGAUGUGGUGGCUUGCAGCGGGAUUCUUUCUCGUCACUGGACCAGGCGAGGCGUUCAUCAACAACAUGGGGACGAUAAUUGGCACGCUGUACCCGCCGCCAGAUAGCCUGUCAGGCCCCAGCGCCAUGAAGCAGACCAGCGCGGCGACGCACGUCUCCAUCGUGGCCAUCACCAGCACGCUUGCUCGUAUCCUUACUGGCACGCUCACCGAUCUCAUCGCGCCGAGUUCUGACCCACAUCAACACCGCCGUGGACCCAACAGCCUAGGGAAUAGUCUGGCUUCUUUGCCGCAUUCCACGUCGACUGAACGGACCGGCCGCUUUCAGCUGUCUCGAGUGGUGGUACUAAUCACCUUUGCAAUCAUCAUGUCCAUCGGCCAAGUCAUCCUCGCCAGUGGGGCGCUGCAAGGCCAUGGGGAUAAAUUCUGGCUGGUCUCUGCAUUCAUCGGCUCCGGGUAUGGCGCGGCAUUCAGUCUCACGCCAAUCUGCAUCAGCGUGAUUUGGGGGGUGGAGAACUUUGGGACGAAUUGGGGAGUGGUGGCCACUGUCCCAGCGAUAGGCGCCACGAUCUGGGGACUGAUCUAUUCGUGGGUGUAUCAAUGGGCGGCGGAGAGGAGGACGGCGACAUUGGACACGCCGACCGAUGACAUUCUGUGCUACGGCGCCAUGUGCUACGCGCCUACCUUUUGGACAAUGGCAAUAUGCAUUUGGAUGGCGUGUGGGUUCUGGAUCUGGGCAUGGAGGGGACCGAAUGGAUGGUAUAGAAGGGGCAUAGCGGUGUAGAGAGACAGCGGCAUAAUGAUCAGUGUAAUAAUAUGUGAUGAGA